GUGAGGCUGCGACGCAACGCGCCGAGACGGUAACGCGGUCCCCGUUAGCAAAUGUGAUCCGCUCGCUCUCAGGUCCAUUCAGUUCGUGCACUCGCUUCAUCCACCUAUCGCUCGAAAUACGCUGUGCGCGACAACCGGCGGUGCCCCGGCAGCGUCGCGACACACCCCGACGAACGUGACUCACGUCAAAUUCACCCACCUACGCCGCGGAGCUCGCAAAUUCCUCCGUGCUUGAUUGCGCGAGAAAUCUUUGGUUAGCCGUGCCUCCCGUCCGCCUCCGAUACCUCUCACUGUGCGCGAACUCCCUGCGACGACGCGCCACGUGGUCACCCUGUUCGUCCGGGUGUAACCACGUUGCCGAUAGCCCGAGUUUGGUGACUCACGUUCGCGUUACCGAUAGAAACUCGAUCCGAGCGACGUUAGUAUAUCCAUCAAACAACAAUGGCAGAUAUCGAGGAUACUCACUUUGAGACUGGAGAUUCAGGCGCCUCCGUGACAUACCCUCAACAGUGCUCAGCACUGCGCAAAAAUGGUUUCGUCAUGUUAAAAUCGCGUCCGUGCAAGAUUGUAGAAAUGUCGACUUCUAAGACUGGCAAGCACGGUCAUGCCAAGGUUCAUUUAGUAGGUAUCGACAUAUUCACCUCCAAGAAGUAUGAGGAUAUCUGCCCCUCCACACACAAUAUGGAUGUGCCGUUUGUUAAGCGGGAAGAUUACCAGCUUACAGAUAUAUCUGACGAUGGCUAUCUCUGUCUGAUGGCUGAUAAUGGAGAACUGCGCGAAGAUCUCAAGAUACCUGAUGGUGAUUUGGGAACACAGCUGCGCGCUGAUUACGAAUCUGGAAAAGAGUUACUUUGCACUGUACUCAAGGCAUGCGGUGAGGAGGUAGUAAUCGCCGUCAAAAAUAACACCUCCCUCGACAAAUAAUUGUGUUCAGCCCGACUACGACGACAGAGAAGCCCAACACAUUCGAGCAAAAACCACCCGCUUAGCCAAUCAAUCAACACCUUUACUAUUGGUCAAACAGGAUAAACAACAAUAAUAUAACCAAAAAAUCUAGAGGAAGAUGAUGAAGAGAGUGGGAGAGCGAAAGAAAAAAAGAGAGAAAGAGAAAGAAUGUCUGAGAGAGAGAAAGGAAAAUGAGAGAGAGAGAGUGAGAAGGGGGAGAAAGCAAAACGGGCUAGCAGUUCCACAUAACAACAGCAACGCGCAAAUGCGAGAAACGACUUUUAUCGAAAUAAUAUAUCCGCUUUACUUAAUUAUUUUAUCCAACAAUAUUUAAAUAAAUCCGGGACAACAAAAACUGGGUAUACGUACAGUUAUAUACACUUAUACAUAUACACACGUACGGAUACAUACAAAUACACUUACACGUAUACCUAGGAAUUACACACGCGUUGUUUGUUAUAUAAGAAAGUAGCGACACUUCAGCAGAUAGUUGAUUGGGAAAUAAAAACUGAGAAAGCCUUGAGAUACA